AUGGGUUCCAACGGAUUUCGCACCGGCUCCAAUCGGCUAUUUCAGCUGGAUUCCGUCAAUGUAGAGGACUUCAAGAAAAUCUGCUCCCAGACCACCGAUCCCACCAGCUACCCGCUGGCCGUGGCCGUGCAGAAGAACAUCCCCAUCUAUGAUGCCGCCACCUUCGAUCCCCUGAGUGCGGAUACCACCCCGGCUCUCCAAGCAGAAUGGCAUCACAUUCUUGAAUCUGGACCGGGCAUCCUUGUCCUCAAAGGCAUGUACCAUCCUUCCCGGUACGCAGACACCCUGAACGCCACCAACACGGCUUUCCAACACAUCAUCGACCGGGAGCGCCAAUCCCUGAAUCCCAAAGGCGACCACUUCGCUGCCAGCGGGAAGAACGACCGCAUCUGGAACUCCUUCAGCAAGCAUGCCUUUGUCGACCCCAGCUCCUUCAUCAACUACUACAGCAAUCCCUGGUUGCGUGUGGUUAGUGAAGCCUGGCUGGGCCCCGCCUAUCGGGUGACCGCCCAGGUCAACAUCGUCAAGCCCGGUGGCGCCGCCCAAGAUAGCCACCGAGACUACCAUCUUGGAUUCCAAGAGCUGGAUCGAUGUGCGGCCUUCCCGCGGAGUGUUCAACUCGCCAGUCAGUAUCUCACGUUGCAGGGGGCCGUCGCACACAGCGAGAUGCCGGCGGAGAGCGGUCCCACACGGUUCCUGCCGUUUAGCCAGACAUAUGCGCCGGGAUAUCUGGCAUGGCGCCGGGACGACUUCCGGGCAUACUUCAAAGAGAACUAUGUGGCGUUGCCGUUGGAGUUUGGCGAUGGGUUGUUCUUCAAUCCGGCGGUAUUCCAUGCCGCGGGGGCCAACGAGAUGGCCGAGAGCACGGGAUUCCAUCGCAAGGCCAACCUGUUGCAGAUUGGAUGUGCCUUGGGGAAGACGAUGGAGCACAUUGACGCGGUGCCGGUGGUGGAUAAAUGUUGGGAGGAGGUCAGCGAGAAGUAUCGCCGGCAGGGAGGGCUAAACGCAGAGUUAGAGGCAUGGGUGUAUGCCGUGGCAGAUGGGUAUCCGUUCCCCUCGAACUUGGAUCGUCGCCCCCCUGCUCCGAGUGGGAUGGCACCAGAGAGCGAACAAGAGAUGAUUCUGCGGGGGUUGGAAGAGGGAUGGGAUCGGACCAGGAUUGUGGAGGAGCUGCGAGCGCUGCAGCGAGAGGGACGGGGGCACCAGGAGGUGUAG